CCCGGCCGCAGCUCCCCGGCUCGGCUCGGCACGGCACGGCACGGCACGGCACGGCACAGCACCGCUCCCCGGGGACGCGGCGACAUCUUCCCCGCGGGCCGCGCCGGGGCGCCGCGUCGCCGGCAUUGACCCUCGCCGGCGCACAUCCGCAGCGGGGCCCGGCCCCGGCCUCGGCCCCGGGGCAGCCUCGGGCCCGCCCGGCGAAAAUGUCUCCUGCGAUUUCUGCCCUAUGAGAAAAAGGGAAAGCUAAGGAUGCUGGAGCAGAACAAUGGAUUUCUCUUUCUCUUUCAUGCAAGGGAUCAUGGGAAACACAAUUCAGCAACCACCUCAACUCAUUGACUCGGCCAACAUCCGCCAGGAGGAUGCCUUUGAUGCCAGCAGUGACAUCGCUGAAGAUGGUGGACAAACACCAUAUGAAACUGCCCUGCAGCAAGGCUUUCAGUACCCCCCACCGACAACAGAGGAUCUUCCGCCGAUCACUAAUGGCUAUCCACCAACAAUCAACAUGUACGAACCUCAAGCCAAAUAUCAGACAUACAACCAGUAUCCUAAUGGUUCGGCCAAUGGCUUUGGCACAGUUAGAAACUUUAGCCCGCCAGAGUAUUACCAAAUGGACAACUCUAAUGCAAGGCCGCAUGAAGUUCUGGAAAAACCUUCACCCCCACAACCGCCCCCGCCACCUCCUCCUUCUGUACCACAAACGGUGAUUCCAAAGAAGACUGGCUCACCAGAAAUUAAAUUAAAAAUAACCAAAACUAUCCAGAAUGGCAGGGAAUUGUUUGAGUCCUCUCUGUGUGGGGACCUCUUAAAUGAAGUCCAAGCGAGUGAGUAUGCUAAGACGAAACAUGAAGGGAGAAAGGAAAAAAGGAAAAAAAGUAGCAAGCACGACUCUUCCCGAUCGGAAGAGCGCAAGUCGCACAAAAUUCCAAAACUAGAACCAGAGGAACAAAACAGACCAAAUGAGAGGCUUAGCACACUACCGGAGAGACCAAGAGAAGAUGUGAUAAUCUUGGAGGAAACCCCGGUCCAGCAGUUAUUACCAUCUCUUCCAACAAAGGUCACAAAUGAUAUCAAGUUUCAGAUUGGUGAUCUGGUGUGGUCCAAGGUGGGGACUUAUCCUUGGUGGCCUUGCAUGGUUUCAUGUGAUCCACAGCUUGAGGUUCAUACCAAAAUUAAUACAAGAGGUGCCCGUGAAUACCAUGUUCAGUUUUUUAGCAAUCAGCCUGAGAGGGCAUGGGUGCAUGAGAAGCGAGUUCGAGAGUACAAGGGACACAAACAGUAUGAGCAGUUAUUGGCUGAGGCUGCUAAGCAAGCCAGCAACCACUCGGAGAAACAGAAGAUUCGCAAACCAAGGCCACAGAGAGAGCGUGCUCAGUGGGAUAUUGGUAUUGCCCAUGCUGAGAAAGCAUUGAAAAUGACCCGAGAAGAAAGGAUAGAGCAGUACACCUUCAUUUAUGUAGAUAAAGAGCCGGAGGAGGCUUUGCCCAAAGCCAAAAAGACUGCUGCCUCUAAAUCAGAGGCUAAAAAGACUCGGCGCCCUAAGCCAACAGUGAACACUCAGCCAGAACAGACCAAUGUGGUAACAACCUCACCCUCAAUAUCAAAUACUGAGGUGCGAAGGCAAAGUCAAAGGAGGCAGUCGAGCGUGGAAGAAGAGGAGCCGCCUCCUGUGAAAAUAGCAUGGAAAACGGCUGCAGCUAGAAAAUCCUUGCCAGCGUCAAUAACCAUGCACAAGGGAAGCUUGGAUCUCCAGAAAUGUAACAUGUCUCCGGUUGUUAAAAUCGAACAGGUUUUUGCUCUUCAGAAUGCUGCUGGGGAUGGAAAACUCAUUGAUCAGUUUGUGUACUCGACCAAGGGUAUUGGUAACAAAACUGAAAUAAGCAUCAAGGGGCAAGACAAGCUUAAUUCCACAUCAAACCAGAGAAACGAGAAAGCAACUGCACAAAACGUAUCCUCUCCUGAAACAACUUCUGGGUCAACAGGUUCUGUAGAAAAGAAACAACAGAGAAGAUCGAUUAGAACGCGCUCAGAGUCUGAGAAAUCCACCGAAGUUGUGCCAAAGAAGAAGAUCAAAAAGGAGCAGGUUGAGAUGGUUCCACAGACAGCAGUGAAGACCGGAUUACAGAAAGGUGCCAGCGAGAUUUCAGAUUCUUGUAAACCUCUAAAGAAAAGGAGUCGUGCCUCAACUGAUGUAGAACUGACUAGCUCAGUGUACAGAGAUACGUCUGACUCUGAUUCCAGAGGACUGAAUGAUCUGCAGGGUAGCUUUGGAAAAAACUCAGACAGCCCAUCGGCUGCUGCAGAUGCUGAUGCUUCUGACGUGCAGUCAGUAGAUUCUAGCUUAUCAAGAAGAGGCACUGGAACAAAUAAGAAGGAUACAGUUUGUCAGAUCUGUGAGAGCUCUGGUGAGUCUCUGGUGUCCUGCGAAGGAGAAUGCUGCAGUGUCUUUCACGUGGAGUGCCUGGGGCUGACAUCAAUACCUGACGGGAAGUUUGUCUGCACAGAGUGUAAAAACGGCGAACAUACAUGUUUUUCCUGCAAGAUUCCUGGCAAAGAUGUGAAGCGGUGUUCUGUCAGCACCUGUGGUAAAUUUUAUCAUGAGGCCUGCGUUCGCAAGUUUGCCACUGCUGUCUUUGAGUCACGGGGAUUUCGUUGCCCACAGCAUUGCUGUACUGCCUGCUCCAUGGAUAAGGACAUCCACAAAGCAAGUAAAGGUCGUAUGGUGAGAUGUUUGAGAUGUCCCAUUGCCUAUCACUCAGGAGAUGGCUGUAUUGCUGCAGGAAGCUUGUUUGUGUCAUCCCACAUUCUCAUCUGUAGUAACCAUUCCAAAAGGAAUCACUCUUCAUCAGCUGUAAAUGUAGGCUUUUGUUUCGUUUGUGCAAGAGGGCUGGUAGUGCAGGAUCAUUCAGACCCCCUGUUCAGUUCAUAUGCCUAUAAGUCCCACUACCUACUGAAUGAAUCAAAUCGUGCUGAGUUGAUGAAAUUACCUAUGAUUCCUCCUCCUUCGUCAGCUUCCAAAAAGAAAUGUGAGAAAGGUGGAAAACUCUUGUGCUGUGAGUCCUGUCCAGCCUCCUUUCAUCCUGAAUGUCUCAACCUAGAAAUGCCAGAAGGAUGCUGGAAUUGCAAUGAUUGUAAAGCUGGCAAGAAGCUACAUUACAAGCAGAUUGUUUGGGUCAAGCUUGGAAAUUACAGGUGGUGGCCAGCUGAGAUCUGCAAUCCCAGGUCUGUGCCUCUCAACAUACAGGGCCUCAAACAUGAUAUCGGGGACUUCCCAGUAUUUUUCUUUGGUUCACAUGACUACUAUUGGGUACACCAGGGCAGAGUUUUCCCUUAUGUUGAAGGAGAUAAAAGCUUUGCUGAGGGGCAAACUAGUAUUAACAAGACCUUCAAGAAAGCACUUGAAGAAGCUGCAAAACGCUUCCAGGAGCUGAAAGCACAAAGAGAAAGCAAAGAAGCACUAGAGAAUGAAAGGAAUUCAAGAAAACCCCCACCCUACAAGCAUAUUAAAUCAAACAAAGUAAUAGGGAAGGUUCAGAUUCAAGUUGCUGAUUUGUCAGAAAUCCCUCGCUGUAACUGCAAGCCGUCCGAUGAAAAUCCCUGUGGUCUAGAGUCAGAAUGUCUGAACAGGAUGCUGCAGUACGAGUGCCAUCCCCAAGUUUGCCCGGCAGGAGAGCGCUGUCAGAACCAGUGCUUCACCAAAAGACUCUAUCCAGAAGCUGAAAUCAUCAAAACUGAUCGCCGUGGCUGGGGUCUCAGGACAAAAAGGAACAUUAAAAAGGGUGAAUUUGUAAAUGAGUAUGUUGGCGAAUUAAUUGAUGAAGAGGAAUGCAGAUUGCGAAUCAAACGUGCCCAUGAGAACAGCGUAACCAAUUUUUAUAUGUUAACUGUUACAAAGGACCGGAUAAUAGAUGCUGGCCCAAAGGGGAAUUAUUCUCGCUUUAUGAACCACAGUUGUAAUCCAAACUGUGAAACACAGAAGUGGACAGUGAAUGGGGAUAUCAGAGUUGGACUCUUUGCUCUUUGUGAUAUUCCUGCAGGUAUGGAGUUAACAUUUAAUUAUAAUUUGGACUGCCUGGGCAAUGGGAGGACCGAAUGCCACUGUGGAGCAGAAAACUGCAGCGGCUUCCUCGGAGUACGCCCAAAGACGGCAUUUGCAACAGCAAAUGAAGAGAAGGUGAAGAACGCCAAGCUGAAGCAGAAGAAACGGAAAAUAAAAACGGAGCAGAAGCAGAUGCACGAAGACAACUGCUUCCAGUGUGGAGAUGGAGGAGAACUGGUCAUGUGCGACAAAAAGGACUGUCCCAAAGCAUACCACCUCCUAUGCCUUAACUUGACUCAACCACCAUUUGGAAAGUGGGAAUGUCCUUGGCAUCAGUGUGACAUCUGUGGCAAUCCUGCCAUUUCCUUCUGUGAGUUUUGCCCUCACUCUUUCUGUAAGGAUCACGAGAAGGGAGCCCUCAUGGCCUCUGCCUUGGAUGGCCGCCUCUGCUGCUCUGCACAUGACCCCACAUCUCCUGUGGCCCCUGAGUACUGGAGCAGGAUCAAAUGCAAAUUGGAACCACAGAGUCCCAGGGAAGAAGCGAAGGAAUAAGUUGGUUUAGGGGGAAAAAAGUGGCAAACAAGUGAUGAACUUGAAGAGACUGCUCUGACACAUUCAGUCCUCCUCAGUGGAGCUGCCUUGGCACUGGGGAAGGGACCAUCUCAUCUUGGCAGACAGAAGCAGUCAGUGGUGUCCAGUUUUUAUUGUUUGUCCUUUACUUUACCCUUGAAUGUGCUAUAGCAGCUCUUACUGUUGGAAAACAAAUGUCUUGGCCUUCUUGGGUGGGGAAAGGGGGAGAGGAACAAAAAAGCUAAACUUUGGAUGGUAAAAAGAAUAAUAUGUUAGGAAGAUGCUCUUGGAGUGUAGAAAGCAAAACAUAGCAGGAUAUUUAUUUAUUUAAUUUUAAAGGAUGUUGAGGGUUGUGGUCGUGGUAAGCCAGCCUGUCUUUUUAAAAAACAAAAAACAGACAAACAAACAAAAAAGAAUCGAGUAGGAAACCCAAGCUGGUGUAACUUUUUAUGUCUAGUUUCUAAAAAGAGAAAAUAAACCCUCCACAUUCCACACACAACUUAAAAAUCAUGCCAGAAAGAGAUGUGGAUUUCAGACCAGUGGACAAUGAGAUGCUUUCAUUUCAGUAGUGUUUACCUUAAAAGGCAUUUUGAGAAGGUAGGUUGCAUAUCAUCAUGUUUAACUUUUUAUUCAGAAUAAUGCUGUAAUGGAAAUUAGAAGUAUGAUCCUCUUGCCUCUUGGAAGUGCUCUCUGUCACUAGAUUUUUUUUUUUUAAUAGAAAAGUGGAGAAAGAAUAGUCCCCUUAUUAAUAGACUGGGCAGUAUCCACGAACAAAGGAAAUGCAGACAAUACAAUUGUGCAAUGGCUGUUUCUCCACCUCAAUCAGUUUGGACAGUGUUCUUGGGAAGCCUGGUCAUGUGACUGCUGCACUAUGCUCAUCACAGCUGAGGGCCUCGUCUUAUUUUGUGAAGUCACUGGGAGCUGUCACUGGCCAGUUUGGGUGUGGAUUUGGGCCCCGGAGACAUCUCGGCUGUCUCAUCUGCAUUGGUUCCAUGGCGAUUCCCUUGGAGUUGGAUCCUUUACUGCCUUGUUCCCAAACUCCCAUUGCUUAAAGGGAGUUCUUGAGUGCUUACGAGAUUUGGGAUCAAAUCCACGUGGAUGCUUGUUUUGGGAGAAGAGAGUGGCUAGAUGAUUGUGGGCAGGAGGGGUGGAGGGGGGGAAUAAAUUUCAUUAAUUUUUUUUUUUUUUUAAAUCCACUAGUGAAAAAUUGGUUCUCAGAAGUGCUUCCUAAAUGUACAGGGUAUAUAAUUAGUGCAUGUUAAGGCACUCAGUCCUAAAAAGCACUGCGUAUCUCCCAGUUUAGAUAGUGUGGUUGACUAAUUCUUUCAUUUGCAGGUAACUGCUAUGUUAUGCGAAUAUUUCUAGCUAAGUUUACACUUACUUUCAGCCACUGGGUGUUGCAGAAUAUCCCCAAAUGGAAGGAAUUAAUUAAAGUAUUACUGGCACCUGGCUGAAUUAUGCCUUUUCAUUAAUUCUGAAGAACAUUCAACUUCUCUCUGGAAGACCACUUGCAGAGAACUGCAGGUACAUUGUAACGUCUCGGUUCUAGGGAAUAGGUAAUAAUGGCUUUGAAAAAAAUAGAUGUGGGAUUCUUGCCUUCAACUGGUUUCCUUCUUGUUCUCAACUCUCCUUAUCUUAGGAAAAAAACCCACAACCAACACCCCUCCCCCAACCCCCUCCCAAAAACAAAAAAGACAACCCCCCCCCCCCCCAUUUGUAGCUUUUUAUUCAUUUUUUUGGUGCAAUUAUUAGAAUACACUACAGUUUGGGGUUUUGUUUUUUAAGCACCUGAAAUGCCAUUUAACUGACUUGGCAGUUAAUUUUCUUGGAACAAUUUCCAGAUCCCUUUUUAAUAAACUCAUUCUGGGUUUUCUGGUUGAGUAAUCCUACCGAUCUUUCUUGAUCGUUCAGGUCAGUUUACGGUACCGAGGGCUCACGGAAAGCGUAGAGCACUUCAUUACAUUUUGGUCAAUACUAAAAUAAAUGUCUAAAACACUAAUUUAGCUUGUAAGCAGUGCGAUAUUUUGGUAUUUUGAAAAAAUAUGUAUUUAAGAAACACAUAAAUGUCUCCUCAGCUCUUAAGGAAGGAUUUCACCUUUUCUGAAAUUCAAAACAUAGCUCUUACCUUUCGACAGCGUCUCCGAGGCCUGAUCUGUUUACUUUACAUAGUAAACUGUUCAGCUUGGUAACGUUUUGAUGCUUCUUUGCAUGGUAAGCCAUGGUGCACUGAACUUUGCAAAUACUGUAUAGCAAAAUGUUCUAAUGCGCUUUCUUCCAUAGUAUAGCAAUGCUGUCUUGUGGUGGUUUGGGGUGAAAUGGCAAAGAUGGUGCCAAAAUACCUUGCUGAGCACUUGAGAGUGGCAGCCAGCUGAAUGCAGUUCCAAAACAUUGAUUGCCUUGUGAAAUGUCAACUUUGUGACAUACCAGCAUAUUGAAUAUUGAGUUCAUGAGGGUCCUCUGAAAGUUUAGCAAAUGCUGUAAUGCUGCAGGGGUCGUGGAGUCCAUUGUUGCUCCUCUGCCUUGUUGCUUUAUCUCUCAGUCAGUUUGUUCCAGACUUCUUGCAGGUCCUUCCUGUAGUUUUCCUUUCUGCGAGGAAAAUUGUAGCUUAAAAGCAGCUAAUGGCUGGGCUCAAACCUGAAUGAGAAGACAGGGCGACAUUGGAUUUCAAGCCAUUGGGGAAAGGGCAAAUUUUUCAAAGGUGUUGGGAAACUUCUAACCAUUUAAUGAAGCUAAGAGAACAUCUGGUUGAAGUAACUUGGUGAUAACAACUGGGGUUCUCAUUGUUCUGGGUAGGUGUUUUUAUAUGCUAAAUGCACAGAAAAUAUUGAGAUAUACACUUUAGCCGUGUCUUUUUAAAGCAGAUAAAUAAAACAUACACUUUUUAAAAGUAAAUCAGAAAGUUAGCACAAAUGUUAAUGUCUUGAUUUACCAGUCUCUGGGAUUUGAGGUGCCGAAGCUGCAGAAAGAACAAGAAACAGUUCUUGGGUCUGGGAUUUCUGUGCAUGAUCCUAGGACGGGCUUCACAGAGGAAAGACCUGUCAGUGGUUUUACUUCCUGACUGCCAAAUAAAGUACUUUGCUCAACUGUACAUAACUUUCGGGCAGCUCUUCAUUUUGAAAGAAGCGCCAGUUGCAUUUUUUCCAUCCUUUGGAUUUUUUGUAUUUGUCUUAAACUUUUAAGAUGGGGUCACGGUUUUAGUAAACGUCGGACUCCGGAUCUUAUCAUUGUGCUGUUUGCACAGGAAUGCAAUACCCGAGUGGCUCGUCAAAUCCAAGAUUGUGCAUUUACUGGAGCUCUCCCUACAGGGCAUGCACCUUUAACCCAGAGCAGAGGCUCUGCAGACCAUGGUCAAAAGCCGUAAGGCUUAGUCGCCACAAUUUUGGGGUCAGCUGGUGUGAGAACUGGUUACUGCUGUCUUCUGGAUAGUCUGUAAUACUGACUUGUCUUACCAGCAGGAUGCAGGAAUGGAAGGCGCAUGCAGCUCAGGAGAGCUAACUGUAAGAGCUGUUUUCUGGGCAAGUUACCUUCUCUGCAUUUUACCACCAGUCUUAGAGAAUCCGUUAACUUGGUAUGAUGGUGUUAUGAUGUUUUGUGUGGCCUUUCCACUAAAAACAAGUUACCUUUUGUUUUCAGGUGGAAUUGGAAAGGCAAAAUUACUAGACAUAAUUGAUAGUGAACAUAAAAUCUGUAUAUAAAGAAACCUAACAAAAAUAUCUGGGUGGGGUGAGGGAGGCGGGGCGGGAGGGGAGGUAGGGAUGUCUGGGGCUGGUACGAAGUAGUCACUUUAACAUUGAAACCUCUGCCUCAUUGAAUUCAGGGUUUAAUGUACUUGAAGCUCUGCAGUUCCUUAUUUUACAGCUUUUUUUUAUUUAUACAUAGAUAACAUUUUUGUAUGCUACAUUGAAAGUCUCUUUACCUUUCUUAACUUGAGUUAAAAUUACUUUCCGCUCCCAGUGUACAGUGAACCUAGGGCAAAUGGGAGAGAUUUUCAAAGCAGAUGUCUCAGACUUACGUGUGCUCUUACAGAAAAGUGUAUUGCUUGAGACACAGCAACAUUUUGACUUACUGAUGUCCUUUAUUUUCAAUAUUACAUCCAUUUCCCCACCCCACCCCAUUUAUUUUUGUGUAGCAAAAAGUUUGCACUUACGAUACACUUGGGAACUUUGGAUGUAUACAAGAUGUUCUUCUUAAAAAAAAAUGCUGUUUCCUAUAUUCCUGAGUGGGUAUCUCUCUGCUCUUAGGGUCGGAGGCCCGGCAGAGAUUCACAAACUAAAAUUAUGUAUCUGGGUUUCAUUUAGGAGACUUUUGCAUAAUUCAUGUGAAGACAAAAAGGGAAAAUUAUGUAUGAAUUUGCCAAAGCCAUUCAUUACUGUUUCUCAUGUGGUACUGAUUGCAUUUGUGCGAAUGAGUGAGAGAGCUUCCAUUUGCGAAGAUGUCUCCUUCCAGCUUGGAAAGACAAGAAGGCUAUAUGUUGUCCUCUCCCAAACAUCUGCUAAAUAGCCUAGCACUGGACCGUUUUAAGGAGUUCUCAUUCACUUUUUUUGAUUUACAGACUGGAUGAAAUAUUUACUCCAUGUUCAUAAUAUUGAUCUGUGUCUUAAAUCUAGUGUCAUAUUUUUUCAUUUUUAAGAGAACUGAUCAUGUUGCCACUGAAAACCAAGAUGAUAAAUAACUAUUAUAACUGGCUAGUAAUAAGAUUUGUCUUUUUUGUAUAAGGGUAUGUGCAUAUUUGAGGUUGCUAUGAGAAAUUAAACCCAUUUGUUUCCACACAAGUGAUAUUGCACAACAAACACAGAUACCUACAGAUUCUGUUUUUUCAUUUCCAUGUAAUCUUUAUCUGUAACAAUGACCUUUGUAGAGUCGUUAUUUCUGUAGACUUUGUUUAUCUGUAACAAACUUUGUAGAUUCUGUGAAAUGUUAUUUUAACUAAAUCACUUGAGUCUUUAAUAGUAAAACAUCAAUAUUCACUAAAGUCAAUAUCUUAAAAGAGUUUCUGGAACUUGACUAGAAGCUCUUGACACUAACAGAGUAGUGUUAAUUUUCCCUGGGGAUGUUCCACUAGGGCAUUACUGUAUUAUGACUUGAUGUUGCCGCAUAGACUUGGAGAUAUACAACAUUUUGGGGGGUUUUGUUGUUUGGCCUAUGUUCUCUUGCAUAGUGUGAAACCUGUAAAGCUUGGUUAACUUGUAUAUAGAUAGCUUAUUGUCAACUAGUUAUAGUGUAUUUAGACUUGCCUGUAAUAUUUUAGCUUCUUACUGAAUGUGUGUGAUGGUAGGACCAUAUAAUUUUUGUACAUUAUAUUUACUGAGAUGUUGCCUUUUUUAUUUUACAAAUACUUUGGAAUUCAGAUGUGUUUUUGCUUCUGUGAGGAUUAAUUUGGAAAGGUUUUUAAUGACAUUCCACUGAUAUAAAAUUUUGCUUGAGGUUGACUUCAAUAAAUUGUUCUGAAUGUUCCAA